UCGUUGAUGAUGAAAUAAGUCCUAGUAUUCUUGUUUCUUCCUUUAUCACCUUGAAGAAGGAAUAUAGAUAUCUGGAAGAAGAGCUCCGAAAUUUUUAUGGUAAGUUCUUGAGGUUCUCCUUGAGGUACUCCUUGAGGUUCUCCUUGAGGCUCUCUCAGCCUUCUGCAUCAGAUUAAGCAGUAGUAGAUCUUGAAGAAGAAGGUCGUAUCUUUUCGCAAGAUUUCGAUGUUAACUACAUGUGGGAAGAAAGUCUUUGAAAAUAAGUAGUAUGCUGGUCCUCUUGUUAAACACCGUCUAGUCCAUCCAUCAUCAUACGAAUUGGAAGAACUUAAAACUGGGGCAAGAACGCGUGAGCCGAAUACGUCUUACGUUAAUUGGGCGUGGGCUUCGCGUACCCCUUUCGCGUGAGACGGACCAUGUGCGCUGGCCGAGAUUAGAAGCGAGAUCAGUGCGUUGGCC